AUGACAGAAGAUGUAAAUAGAAUAUUUCCUGGCUUUUAUAUAUCAUCAUUGGCAUCAAUCAAAAGAGAUAUAUUAGAUGACCAUCAAAUAACACAUGUUUUAUCUGUAAUGAAUGAUUAUAAACCUAAAUGGCCAAAAAUGUAUAAAUGUAAAGUUGUAGAUAUUUAUGAUUCAUAUACAGUUGAUAUAAAGAAACACUUUGAAGAUACAUUUACCUUUAUAGAGGAAGGUAGAAGAGAAGGUGCUGUUUUGGUUCAUUGUUUUGCUGGCAUGUCUCGUUCUGCCACUGUUUGCAUUGCCUAUAUGAUGAAGAAAUUGGGUAUCACUUAUCAAGAUGCAUAUGAAAUUCUAAAAGAAGCAAGAGAUAUCAUUGACCCCAACGAUGGAUUUGUCAAACAACUUGCAGAAUAUGAAAUAGAGUUGAAAAGAAUUAAAGAUGGUGCUUCUACUACUACCACUACAACUGAAGUCAUUGAAACUAUUAGUUCAAUUACAGAAACUAGAACCGAAACUGAACAAGUCACAACAACAACAACUACAAUUAUUCAAGAAGAAGAAAUAAUUGAACAAAAAAUAGCAUCAUUAAAAUAUUGUUGUCGCAAGUGUGGAAAGAUUUUAUUUAAUGAUAUUGAUUUGGAACAACAUGAUGUGGGAAGUGGUCAGAGCAGCUUUAAAUGGGGUAGAAGAGAUAUUACCCUCAAUCCUUUACAAGCUGCUGAUCCAGACUCUGCAGAACAACAAGAACAACAGGUUGACCAAGCUCAACAUUCUAGUUGUACUUCAUACUUUUUGGCAGAGACGGAUUGGAUAAGUGGUAAUAUUGCCAUUGGCGGAAACGAUGGAAAGAUUCUUUGCGAUAACCCAAAAUGUGGAGAAAAGUUGGGUUCUUUUAGUUGGUCUGGUAGUCAGUGCAGUUGUGGAAAUUGGAUUUGUCCUUCUUUUAGAAUCCCAAAAUCAAGAGUCGAUGAAAAGAAAAUUACUUAUCAAUAUUUGGUAUGUUUUGAUGAUCAGAAUUUGAUAGAAAUCAAUGAAACUUGGAUAGAAAUACCAUGUUUUAGUGAUGUGGUUUUGGUGGAAAUCGAUGAAAAUUGGAUAGAAAUAAUAUCAUGA